AUGUCGUUUGGCAAGAUUGUGCUGCUCCUGGUCCUUAUCCACCUCAGCCAUUGUCUCGGAGACACUGCCCCGUUUUUGGCCAGGACCAUUUACUACCGGAAUACCCCGCCCGAUCCCUUUGGUCACUACGACUUCGAGUUCCAGACCACCAAUGGCAUAACCACCAAGGGAGCUGGAAACGAAAAUGGAGCCGUAGGAGUGGUUCAGUUCGUUUCCCUCGAGGGCAUUCCCGUAACCUUCUCGUACGUGGCCGAUGCCAAUGGGUAUCAGCCCACCGGAGAUCAGAUUCCGGCCAUUCCGCUGCACGUAAUCCGCCAGUUGGAGUACAUCCGCACACAUCCGCCGGUGGAUGAGCGUCGCUCGAGACGUUGGUAAAACUCGCCGAUAUUAAAACAAUUAUAUAUUGACGCUGAAAUAGCUGUCGAUUGUCUGGCCGAACACAGUUACAGUUGCAGAAUAUUAUUAUUUCGUAUUUAUGUUUAUUGUUUUUCCAUGCAAAUGGGACGGACGAAGGAACAACAACAGAGCCAGCAACAAAAUCAUGCCAAAAUAUAU